AUGUAUAAUUUUGUAGUCUCUUUUGGAGGCUGCCUCUUCUUUCAGCCCCGAGGUGCGAGCGGGGCCUAUUCCCUGGAAGUGUCACACCUGCGUCAAUCAACGAGAUCCAUCAAGUGGGAGCGGCCCCGACUCCGUGACAAGAAUGAUUCACGCGGAGUCACCAAGCAAGAGGCUUUUUGCUGGAUUCUCUACUGUCCUUCCUUGGCCACCGUAUCAAUGCAGUUCGCCAAAGGGCAGACUCUAUCUCACUUGCUGCUGGAUAUCUUUACUUAUUGGGCUGUCUACGCAGCGGCUGCUGAAUAUUCGACCCGCUUCAGCGCUGAUGGGUCGGAUCAUCGCCUCUUCUACCUCUUGUUAGCUGCAAGCAUCUUCUUUAUGGAUGUGAACUUCACAGGUGACGUCAUGGCGCCCGGAAAUUUCUAUGCCAGAAGAAUGCACUUAUCUUCCCUUGCAGCCUGCUAUGUGUUGAUCGGCCUCAUGCAUGCUCGAGUUGCUUUUUGGCUGCCGGCCUGCCGCAGAUUCGCUACUUUCCACUUGCUGCUUAACCUGGCAACCGUUGCCCUGUACAUUGGUGCAGCAAAUACCCGCAGCGACAAGCACUGUGAGGUGUUGUGCUGGAUGGCCUGCGCAUUGUUUUUGCCCAGGACAUAUGGGCUGCCGAAUCAGCACCUCACUGAUUCGAUCACGUCGCAAAGAAAUGCGCAGGACUAUAUUGGUCGAUCUGAGAAUAUCAUGGUCUUCACUCUUGCCUUGGUGGUAAGGUGCAUCACUGUUGGGGUCCAACCAGGGCACGUGCACGUCGGCGAAGAAAGCUUCUGCAUCGUGAUGUCUUGCCUUAUGUUAGUUCUGCUUGUCAAGCUUCUGCUCUAUGACGUUCACAUCGCUGAUACUAAGUGGCAUGCUGUGCGUGAUGAGACAUCACGGUGGCGCCCAGCGGCCUUCCUCAGCUUGGUUCCAGUUUCAAUGGCUGGGGUGAUGAUGAUGGCAUCUGGCUCCUUCUUGGUUCUCGAUCAGCAAUUUAAGGACUAUGGAGAUGCCGCUGCGGCAGCUAGCCAAAAAGCUGGACGAAGUUUCGGCCAAGGUUUUGGUCUUAUGCUGCUGUCAGUGACUGUCAUGCGACUGCUUCACAACAAGCCUCCAGCCUCAUCCGCGCGUAGCACGAGACGAGUGAUGAUGAUGUGGAGGGUGCAAGUCUGUGUGCAGCUGCUUUGUGCGGCCUUUGCGGUGUUCGUGGCUGGCAAGAUCUCCGGCAAGCAAGGGCUCUAUGCAUGCGUCUUGGCGACGGCAACCCUCAUUGUACUUAAUCUUAUGGACGAGUUCGAGGAGCUCCAUUCCCACCGUUCAAAUUGGAAGGUUGUACGCACGCUUAGCAAGAUGCAUGCGCUGACGAGGGCGAUGAAGAAGGGCUCUCAAGCCAGUGAUGACCUCUUGGGCUCACAAGACGGUACGCCGAAAGGAGCAAUGACAGACUCGCCGAAGGAUUCACCGAAGCAUGUGUUGGAAACGGAUUCGCCGAAAGAUUCGCCGAAACAUCUGUUGGAAGAUUUGCCGAAAGUGUGA